UCGUAGCGGUGUACUACGAGCUCUCUCUCUCUCUCUUUCUCUCUGUAACCUGUUGCCGGACGACGAAUAUCGGACGAUGCGUUAUUUGUCUGAUCGUUAAUCCCGCCCUCUCCCUUUCCUUCCGUCAGAGCGAGCAAAGAAAGACAGCGGUUCCAAAUCAGGCCAGGUAAUUCGGCAGGAAUUCCCAGGGAUCGCUCGAUCGACGAAAAACGUUGCAUUUGUCUUAAUUUCAUUAAUCUCUGACUCGGGCUGCAACGUGCAUUCAACUUUGAUUUCCGCGAACCGCUUCUCCCGUGAUUUCAAUGGGCGACGGCAGGGAAAAAGAGAAAUUCGUGAAUGCGUGUAAGGUCGACGCGGAGCGUAAGCGAUAACGCGUUCCGUCGGCGAAUCGUCCGUCGAAGACGCGAAUAUGUUCACCGAGUAGCGGGAAUGGAACGAAUCACGACGCAGUAUCGUCGGUUCCACCGGAUAUAUUCGAAUACACCGCAUCUCCGCUGAUACAUCUCUCCGAGACGGUCUCGCGCGGGAAGUCGUCGAUUAUGUAUCGUUUGCGGAAUUACACGGACAUUUUCCACCGGCUCAACAUCACCGACGAGGACAUCGAUUACGUGAACAGUUUCGGCUUCGACGACCUGACCGAUCGUGACGGCGGAAACUGCAAUCGGAUCUCCGGAAGCGGCGAUGGCGAGCGGAGCACCCGAAUCGUACAAUUCACGACCUCUUGUUACUGCGACGGUGCGAUUCGCGAUCUCGCGACACAAUACAAAAAUUACCACGGCUACGCCGCUCUCAUAGUGUGCUCCUUCGGCACGUUCACCAACGUGCUCAACAUCAUCGUCCUCACGAGGAGGGACACCAAAGUGACUCCCAUAAAUCGCAUCCUGACGGGGCUCGCGACGGCGGACAUGCUGGUGAUGCUGGAAUACGUACCUUUCGCGAUUUACAAGUAUCUGGUGCUACCGCAGCGCAGGAUAUUCCCGUACGGAUGGGCCGUAUUCGUGCUGUUUCACAUGCACUUUACGCAGCUCCUUCACACGAUCAGUAUCGCUCUCACGCUCACUCUGGCCGUUUGGAGGUACAUCGCUAUCAGGUUUCCACAGUAUAAUCACACUUGGUGCACCGGAAGGCGUUGCACGAUCGCUCUUUCCUGCAGUUUCCUCGCGCCGUUUUUCACCUGCGCGCCUAGCUAUUUCGUGUUUGGCGUAAAGGCGCAGACCGUUUACGAGAAUGGCACUACGGAGAUAUUGUACCACGUAGACGUUAAUUACUCCGUCAACAAAGGCUUCCUGUAUCAAUUGAAUUUUUGGAUACUCGGCGUGAUUGUUAAGCUUCUGCCGUGCGUCCUACUCACCGUCAUUAUCUGUUGGUUAAUAAAAGCUCUUUACAGGGCGAAAGGUAGGAAACAGAUUUUGAAAAACUACAGUCAUUGCGUCACGAAGGCCGGAAAAUCCACCUCAUCGUCGAGAAACUCCAACUUGGAGAGUCACGGCUUGUUUGAUGCUAAGAAGGGAGGAUACACGCGAAGAGUAAACAAAUCUAACAAACGAACAGACAGAACAACGAGGAUGCUCGUGGCGGUAUUGUUGUUGUUUCUUGUAACGGAAAUUCCCCAAGGUAUUCUAGGUUUGCUUUCCGCGGCUCUGGGCGAUUGUUUCUUUCGUAAUUGUUACCACAAAUUUGGAGAGCUGAUGGAUAUCUUGGCGUUGUUAAACGGCAGCAUAAAUUUUAUCUUGUAUUGCUCCAUGUCGCGGCAAUUUCGCAUGGUUUUCGGCCAGUUGUUUAAACCCCGGAUCAUGAACAAGUGGCCGACGAUGAACCAGCAGCAAAUCGAAGUACAAAGCACAUAUGUUUAAUGGAAAUUUGCA